AUGUGGCUCUUGGAGACGGACGGCGAUGUAUUUCAGGGCAGGCGACUCUGGCUCCGGCCUGGAAAGCGAUACCUCUUCGGCCGGACAGCUUCUGAACCGGGACAACUUGCCAUCUCCCACAAGACCAUCUCGCGCAAACAUCUCACGAUUGAGGUCGGCACGGUGCCUGAUGGCGCAAGCCAACAUCUUUCAAACCGAUCUGCGGUCAUGAUCGAAGACUUGGGCACAAAGACCGGCACGACCGUCGAUGGACACAAAUACAAGGACGAGAAGCAUGUCAUCACCGAACCUGCGGCCGAAAUUAAGAUGGGUGGCUGCCCUGACAUGUUCCGUCUCUCAUGGCACCCUGUAGUGCUCACAUUCAGCUUCUCGAGCCGGGAACUCCAAGCCGACCCCUUUUCCCGCCUACGUGCCGAGCUCGAGCAGUUCGAUGUCAAGUUGGCGGCCGACUACAACAUCCAGCACACGACUCACGUUGUCACCAAAAAGCGAAACACUUCCAAAGGUUUACAAGCUCUCAUCAACGGAAGGUACAUUGUCACCGACUCGUUCAUCGACGCGAUUGUCGCAGCAGCAACACCCUCUACCGACGGGAAUGGCACAGCUACCUCUGCCUUGGAAGAUGAUUUUGACGCGAGCUGGCCAGAUCCAUUGAGCCAUCUGCCUCCUCGUGGCGGUGAGCCUGUAGAGCGGCCGCCAUCUGCGUACGCACCGAACGAGACCCGCCAGGAAAUCUUCGAGGGGUACACUUUCAUCUUUUACGACAAGGCGCAAUUUAAUACGCUGUUGGCACCCAUCACCAACAGCAAGGGUAAAGCUCUCUACACCAAUGUGGAACCAAACUCAACAACAGUCGACGAUUUCAUCCUCUACGUAAAAACAGAAGCUGGUGAAAAGGGCCUCGGCUCCUUCGAAGACGGAAGCGAAGGACGAGGUGUGGUUGUUGUCCGUUUCAUCCCCAGCAAAGGCGACUCGGUAGAUUGGUAUGCCGAUUUCUUCACUCAGGUCUCCCUCCGCUUGGACCAUAGACCCAUCGAGCAGAACGAAUUCCUCGAGGCUAUCCUUAUCAACGAUGCUGGCAUUCUGCGUCGGCCUCUGGAGGUCGAUCCUACACAAGUACCCUCGGACACGGCGCCCCAACAACAGGCGAACGCGGAUCCUAACUCGAUGGACAUUGAUCAGCCAAACGUCUCUCAGAAUACCCUAGAAUCAUCCUCAGGUUCCAAGACAGUUGCUGCCAAGAGCCGAGUACGGAGAGCAGCAACAAGACGAUUUGCGGGAUUCGACGCCGAUGAUGACGAAGAGGAGGCCAUGACCCCUCCGGUGACUGAAAGUGCCCCGCCCAACGUCUCAGCAAACGACGAACCGGAGGAAGGGCUGUUCGUGUCCCAAGAAGUACCUCCGCCGGAGGAAAUUGCAGAAUCAUCAAACGAGACGACGCAUAAAUCAACUCGAAGGAAGCGCCCCGCUGCCCAAGACGACAGCAUCGAGGAUAUCAUCCCGACUGCUGCUGCGGUAAAACGCCGACGGAUCGCUGCUGGCGAGGAAGCUGUCCCCCGCCAGAAGUCCCCCGAGGCCACGAUAGCCCCCGAUCCCAAGGCCGUGCCCAAAGCGAAGAAGAUUAAGAAAGAGAUUGACGUCCUCGACGUUGCUCGCCAACAACGUGAGGAAAUGGAGGCUCGCGCCAAGGCAGAAAAGGAGGACCUCGCCAAUCUACCCGACGACGUAGACCUGAGCGAAAUCCGUCGACUGCACAUUGUUGAGGAGAUGCCCAUCCGUCAACCAACGGCCAACAAUAGUCACGACCAAGACGCCGAGAACAGCAGGUGGGAUCCACGGUGGAACGGGCGGAAGAAUUUCAAGCGCUUCAGAACGCGCGGCGAACUUACAGGACGCCCACCACAGAAGGUCAUCGUGCCCCUGACACAUGUCAAGACAAAGGAGUUCGGCAUCGGGGACGAUUACUGGCUCGAAGACAGCCAGAGCAAGAAGAAAAGUAGUGAGAUCCAGAAGAGCGGGACGAACGCGACCGAGCCUGCUGCGUCGCCGGCUUCUCGACCGGCAUUGCGACAGCAGCGCAUCGUCCUCAGCGACGACAGCGAGGAGGAAGAGGAUCAGGCGAUGCCCGAUGAGGAGCCUGAGCCUGAGCCUGAACCGGGGUCCGAGCCCGAGCCCGAGCCCGAGCCCGAACCGGAACCGGAACCAACACCGGCGCUCCGGGCGAGAAGUACCCGCGCGGCAGCGACGGCAACACAGUCGCAGAACACGACCCAGACUCAGUCGCAGAGACAGACGCGGGCAAAGAGGGCGGCGCCCGCCGCGCCGGCCAAGGAGCCCCCGGCGAAGAAAGCUCGAGCGACCCGGAAGCCCAUCGAAGUUGCAGAUAGUGACGACAGCGACGAUGAGCUCAAGUUCAAGUUUGGCCGCAGGCGUUGA